CCACGACCCUCAACUCUCGUCGCUACACCCAGUCGCGUAAGCCGUUCGCAGCCAGCCUUCCCGACUCAUCGGGUCUCAGAAAAUGAACCAACGCUGACCCAGAAUAGGCACAAUGUCCGCCGCACCGGUCUUCUGGUCCACCCCCCUGCGGUACUGCCGCUGGGCCGCCCGCGAGCGUCCCGCCCUCUUCUGGUCCGUCAUCGUGGGCGCCGCCGGCCCUGCGCUCAUGCCCAUUGUACCUCCGAUCAGGCAUUACUUUGGCGACGUCGAUCCCGCGCCUAUCCCUGUUACAUAUCCCGUUCCUAAUGGCCCGCGGAAACAACUGUCUGGCUACGAUGAUUGAGCGGCAUGAUCGGGCAAGACGGGCAAUUUCAUGAGGAGGUCGGGUCGUCUGGAUGAGGCCCAUGUGUACAAAUAAUGGCGUUUUCAAAACAGGGACUAUCAAAGACCGUGGACAUAACGUCCGAACAGAGCAGUCAACGCUACACUUUUUGUCAUCAGUCGUCUGAGCACGAGCCUCGCGCCCAUGUCCGUCUAUCGUAUUUAUCCCAGUGUGGCCUCGACAUCAUCAUUGGUGCGCCCGGCGGCCUCGCUUUUCCAGGAGACCACGCAAUCCCCGCUGCUGCUUACGCGUACUCGGCUAUGGCGGCGCAGGCUCUACCUAUCGCCUCGUCCAAAAUUCCAUUCGUACUGCG